GAAACAAAUAUUCGAGCUUCCAACGUAGGUGUGAAUGUAAAGGGGUCGGGCUUGCGCUCCAAAGAAGGCGUCAGUCUGGACAGUGUUGAUCUUCAACGAUGAUGAGAUUAAUGGUGAAGAACUAGGGUUUCUCUUCUUCCCCCAAGUUCUACGGCUCUUCCAAUCCCAAAACACCUCUCAUUUCUCUGUCAAAUACUCUCAAUUCCUUCCCAUUUUCACCACUCUGGCUUCCCUCCCUCACGGAUGGCCAAAACCAGACCGCCCAAGAAAGACUUGGACUCUUACACUAUCAGAGGCACCAACAAGAUCGUUAGAGUCGGAGAUUGUGUUCUGAUGCGCCCGUCGGAAACGAGUAAACUACCUUAUGUAGCGCGCAUCGAGAAGAUCGAAGCUGAUAAUCGAAACAAUAUUAAAGUUCGAGUGCGGUGGUACUAUCGGCCGGAGGAGUCGAUUGGAGGUCGGAGGCAGUUCCAUGGAGCUAAGGAGCUCUUCUUGUCGGAUCAUUACGACGUGCAGAGUGCUCACACCAUUGAAGGGAGGUGCACUGUUCACUCAUUUAAAAACUACACUAAGCUUGAGAAUGUUGGUGCUGAGGAUUAUUAUUGUAGAUUUGAGUACAAGGCUGCUACUGGAGCUUUCACGCCAGACCGAGUUGCUGUCUAUUGCAAAUGUGAAAUGCCUUACAACCCAGACGACCUCAUGGUGCAAUGCGAGGGCUGUAAGGACUGGUAUCAUCCGGCUUGCGUAAGUAUGACUAUCGAGGAAGCAAAAAAGUUGGACCAUUUUGUGUGUUCUGAAUGUGCAUCUGAUGCUGACAUCAAGACAAAUGAGAAUACAUUUUCAGCAUCACCGGUGGCUGAUAGCAAGCUGAAAGUCAUCUAGCAUCUAUCAUCAAACAAUGGGGCAUAUUUAUGUUGCUUCAAAAUUUUAGGUUGAAUUACAACUUUAGUCUCUCAGCUUUUAAGGCCAUUUCUAAUAUGUUUUGUAGUUCAAGAAGUUCAGGUUUUUAAUUAUAAAUUUUGUGAAACUUUUGCAGUACAAUGCUGAAAAUGUUGCAGGUCCCAUUUAUAUUCUAUAUUUUAAAAAAAUUAUAGGCCUAUAAGACAAAAUUCUUACUUGAUUAUGUACUUUCAACUUUAAAUCUAAUAGAUUAGUGAAUUUCACAAAAUGUCAAACAUGACAAGAAUCUAUUGAACCCAAAAUUGAAAGUUAAAGGGAUUUAUUAGAUACUUAAAAGUUAAAAGAUUCAUUGAAAUUUAAGCUAAAUUUUACAUUUGUAGUAAAGGGAUGAAACUUGUGUAGGUUCAUACUUCCACCUCACUGCUAGAGAAAUCUGCAUUUCAAUAAUUCCUUUUUAAUGCACACCAUUAAGUGCUCUCUUUUUCCCGGCCUUCUGAACUAAGUCCUGCAUACUUCUUUGUUGAAAGAACAUACUUUUUUUGGGUAAGAUGGAAAAGACAUACAUCAACUUUCAGCACUAUCAUUGAGCAAAGUAGUAAGCAUUUCUCGACCGAUAGGGAGAGGGGCGCUUUGUUUUCGUUUUCUUAACGCCUCUUAGUUGUUUCACAUUGGAAGCUUGUCCAUUUCUAAACCUACAUCACUAGUUGGAAUUUCUGGGAAAAUCCCACCUCCAAUAGCAUCCAUUUUCACCAUUUUUUCCCGGGACUUUGUCAAGCUAUAAGUACUCUAGUAAUCUCUGUGACAACAGAUGGCUCAGGCAGGUAAGAAUAUUAAUGGAAAAUAGAUGAAACCAACUUCCCUCACUGACCAAACUACAAGUUCUGCCUGUUUAAGGAAGGGAAGAAUCAUCAGUUUCUUUAAGAUUCCAAUUCUUUAAUGUAUUUUUAUAUGAUGUGUGGUGUAAAACGAUUAACCGAACGUUUGUUAUUGCAGCUAGAGUCGAAGCGACAGAAGAGAUGACCACUGCCAGUGGGACUCUUUGUUGGGUUCAACAUAGCUUGGAUUUCGUUGAGUAAAACUUUUGUAUUAUGACUGAAGGAAGCUAUAUAUAUAUGUGUGUGUGUGUGUGUGUACUGUGAAUGAUUUAGUGUAGGGGUAGGGGUUUAGGGAGUUUCUUAAUAACAAUUCAGGCUGGUCUUGUUGUAUCCUUUUGGUAAACUCUCUCUUCUGUUUCUGUCUUGACAGCUUUUAAUGUGACCGAACACUGGAAAGUGGAAACAGAAACUUUAGAGGUUGCUGAAAA